AUGAGCAUCGAAACCAACAGCUGGAGACCACUCAACGUCGGCGUCAUCGGUGGCGGUAUAGGCGGUAUGUCGGUUGCCAUCGCUCUCCGUCGCGCCGGCCAUACUGUCACCAUCUACGAACGUCAUGACUUUGCCGGCGAAGUUGGAGCAUCUGUAUCAUGUGCUGCGAACGGUACACGAUGGUUACACGAAUGGGGGGUGGACGUGAGCAAGGGCGACCCAGUUGUGUUACGCAAAUUGAUCAACCGCGACUGGAAGACGGGAGAGCCGGUCAGCGUGUAUGACUUGGAUGAUUAUGAGAAGAAAUGGGGAUAUGUGUAUAACAUGUUCCAUCGACAAUAUAUGCAUGCCAUGUUGAAGGAUUCUGCCCUGGGAGAGGGAGAGGGAGUUCCGGCUGUGUUGAAGGUUAAUCAUCAGUGUCAAGAUAUCAACCUCCAAACCGGAACAAUAACCUUUACCAACAACACCACCGCCCACCACGACCUCAUCAUCGGCGCAGAUGGCAUCGGCUCCGCAGUCCGCAAGAUCAUCGGCCUGAAACCAGAAAAGAAACCUUCGGACUCGAGCUGUUUACACGCCAACGUGCGCACAGAAGACGCCGUCCGCCUCGGUCUAGUCGAUUACUCCCAGCACAGCGCCCUCGAGUACUGGGGCGGCCAGGAGGGCAAGUGGGACAAGAUUGUCCUGUCGCCAUGCAACGGUGGUAAAUUGUUAUCGUAUUACUGCUUCUUUCCGCGGGAGAAGGGUGAUUUUGUCAAUCAUACCUGGGGUGGUGAGGAUAGGCCGGUCGAGGAGCUGUUGGCGCCGUAUCCGGAGUUGGAUGCGCAGGUUCGUUCGCAUUUGGCGAUUGGGACGGAGAUUCGGCCGUGGAGGUUGUGGGUGCAUGAACCGUAUCCGUAUAUCACCCGCAACAUGGUGUGUUUGCUGGGAGAUGCUGGCCAUCCUAUGAUGCCUCAUCAAAGCCAAGGUGCCUGUAUGGCAAUCGAAGAUGCAGCAGCACUGGGUAUUAUCUUCAGCAAAACCUACUUUAACGGCAACAUCGACGAAGCACUGUCAGUCUAUGAAAGUAUUCGAUUACCCAGAGUCACCAAGGUUCAAUCAGCAGCUGCAAAGGCAGCUUAUAACAUCAAUGAACGGAUUGGUUUCUCGAGUAACACAAAUAUGUCGACAUACAAGGUUGAAGAUGAGAAGAAGAAGCUGACUAUCGAGGAGAUGAAUGCGUGGGUCUACCCUACUAUACAUAAGAUACAGACUAACAGUCGCAGAUACGACAUGUACAAGGACGUCGAGGAAGUGCUGGCAGCAAAACGAAAGCUUCCAUUUACUGCUCCGUAUAUCAACGGAUUGCCUGUCGGAUUGAAGUUACCGAAUGGAUAUACCAUUGGCGAGUUGGCCAAGUUGUGA